CCCCCCCCCCCCCCCGGGAAUGUUUGUACGAAAACUGUGAGAAGCUCGUUUCUGGUGACUUUUUAAAAAGGCAUUCUACACCAAAAUGAUUCAUGUUGACACCAUCUGAAAUAGAAUUUCCCCUUUUUGAAAGCAUUAUAACCUGUAGCCCAACUAAUGCAGCAUAGUGGCUUUAAGUAAAUCGGCUGAGUCACAGUGUUUCCCAUCUGCAUUUACCUCAUUGAAAACCCCAAAGACAUUGAAUGCCUCAAAUGCUACAAAUAUAUGUUGUCACUGUGAUCUUAAAAGCGUAUCUGGGUAGAAAUAUAACAUUUUUUUGUAAUCAUAUUUUUGUCGAGCUGCUAAAUUAAUAUAGGAGAAACUUGACAUAGGCUUACCGUUACUGUACCAAAUGAUGUCUAUGGAUCAAUAUAGAGAGGUUAUGAGGGGUCUGUUUUUGGGUUGAAAUGUCUCCUUGGUUUAUCAUCCACUGGAUAGCCAUGAUGAGGGACAUUGAGAGAAACACUUUUUGUUGUUUUGUAUAUUGUGAUAGCCUCUGUCUUUUGCUGUAGAUAAUGCCAGAGAACCAGGAGACCCCAAAGACGCCGAUGGUUCUGUCCAUUGUGAAGAGAAAGCUGGAAUCCAGGCAGAGCCCCUGCUACCAGACACCUUCUGAGGUUGUAUCAGACAUCCGACUCAUCUUCAGGAACUGUGCAGCAUUCAAUGAGGCUGACACUGAGGUUGCCACUGCAGGCAGAAACCUGGAGAGGUUCUUUGAGGAGCAGCUGAAGUUCCUCUACCCUGAACGGAUUUUUCCAAAGGUCAAGUCUGAGGUCAUCAGUUCUGUGACCCCUCCCGUCUCUCCUCCCCCUCCCACAACGCCUGAUGAGGAGAGCUCCCAGCAUGCAAAGCAUCAGCGCAGGUGCUCUGAGACCCAGGAGUUGUGUACUCCUACUCCUGCUCAGCUAAGCUCACCAAAGGGAGAGGAAGAGGCCGUAUAAGCGUGCACAUCGUCAUCUCAUCAACUUUUAUCAGUCAAUAACACUGCCAGUACUAGCCUAUACUAGUAAUUAAUCUUAUUCUCUGAGAAAGUCUGACUUUCUUAAUGUGCCAAAAUACUCCAUGUUCUGUGAUCGAAUCAUUUUGCACAAAAGAACAGUGAAGCAGGGUACAAAAACCCUUUCCUCCUCCUACUAUACCUGCUUAAGACUGGUUAAGACUUAAGACCCUGAGUAUCAAAAUAUGAAAACAGAAGGUGUUUGAUUAUCCAGCAGCCUGUGUGGAUACGGUUCUUGUAAAAGGGUUUGGGAUCCUUCUGGGGAAUACGAACUGUUAAAAGGUUAAUCCAGGUUAGUAAAGUGAAAACACGUCAAACGUAUCAAAUCAGCCUGAUAAAACAAGAUUAUUUCAGUUGUUAUUGCAAGACUGUAUGAAGUGUAGGUUUCAUUAACAUGUCAGCUGUGCGAGGUCUAGUUGCUCAGGCCUACGGUAGCCUUGACUCUAGUUUACAGUGUGAUGGCUGGUAGCAUGACACGAGGCCUACUUUAUUAAUCGCAACAGUAGAACUUCAUCUUUGUUCCCUCAUUGUUUUGUCAUUGAGCCAUUCAAUGUGUCAUGUAUUUAUAUUUUACAUUGUUGUAGUGAUUUUUAUGCAGUGUAUGUAAAUAUUUACGAUGAUCAUUAACUUAAACCAGGCAAGUAAAUAUUCAACAAAAUGUGUGUUGUUUCUCAUGCAGUCCCAAAUAACCUGUCGUAUGCCAUGUUUUCUCAUGACUUCAUACCAUCGCUACUUAUGAAAACCAAAAUAUUUUAUUCAUAAAAAAAUACUUCUUGCAUGCAAGUUUACUUGCAGCUGUUUACAGGGUAAAAUAAACAAUGUCCAAUA